AUGGAGAGAAUGCAAGCAGUCAAUUCAGAGCGCAGCUCGCCCUCUUUGGCAGCAUCACGAGAUGGCGUCAUCGCCAUGAUCCAAACACCAUCCGCCACUCACGAUAACAUAUUCCUUCCCAACCCACCCUCUGACAACGACAUUGGGCUAUUAAGAAGAGCCGACCUAGCCUGUUAUUUCCAACUCGUUCACCCCAACUGGUCGUUUCUGGACGAGAACGUCCUUGUUGAAUGGUUCCAAGCGUGCGUCGAACAAAAGGUGCCCUCCAACAAUUAUCAGUCUUACUUCGUCCAAAUAAUUUGGAACCAGAGCAUCUGGCUUACCUUCGACGGCGGCCUAAUCGAUGCGAACUUCGAGCAUCUGUUCGCAAUUCGUCGGACUCAAUCAAAGAUACGGAGGUUCUGGAAGCAGAUGCGAGCUCUGAACGGCCAGAGCGAUUAUCGAAUUCAAACCAUCCACGAGAUUAAGGCUGAACUGGAUCAAUGGAAAGGAAUGAUUCCCCUCAUCUCCAGCAAUACCGACAGGUCAACCAACUGUCAUCCGCUAUCGAUGCUCAUGCUCUACAACUACUGUAUCUGCUGUUUAUUCCAGAACGAGAUAGCCGUCCCCAACAUUGACGAUCAUGCUGUUCUCUUGACUGCAGCCAGUGAGAAUGCGAGGUGCUUUCGUCGUAUCCAGGAACACCGACCCAUGGUGUACUUGGUACAGCUUCUCGAACAGUUCACUGUUGGAAUUAUUCUCAUUUCUUGCUUCUGGGGAACUCCCUACAUCUAUCGCAGCACAGCGUUCCAAGCUCCCGAUACCCUACAGGCCUUGGAAGAUUGUGGAUCGACCUUGUCUCGCUUUGCCAAUCGAUGGAAAGAUGCCGAGGUUUACUACGAGACGUACACACUGCUAACGUCUCAAACACCUAUCUCCUUCCCCGAUCAUUCUGACUUCGAGUUCCCCGAUCAACUCAAGCCUCAGAUCAGUGGCCUGGCCCAGACACUGGAAGAGAGAGGGGUCUCAAUGGCCGUUCUUGCGAUGAUCGCUCGAAUUAUCAGCAGUCCGGCCUCGGCACGCGAAUAUCCGUAG